UUGGGUAAAAGGACGCGUUCAAACCCGUUCAGUGGCUGACUGACUGAAACGACCGUCCAUCUUACUAAAGAAGAAGAAGAAGAGGAGAGGAAUCCCUGUAAGACUUGACAAAAUGAACUUGUCCUACUUGGUUGCCUGUGGACUUUUGGUCAGCCUGCUUUCAGAAAAGAUGGGAGCAAAGCCUUUGACUCCAGCGCAACAGAAGUCCCUCCGAAGUUUGCUGGGUGAGGAACUAGCGGAGAUCCUGGAGUCAGAUGAGAGGGAGCGGAGGAUAGACGCAGUGCGCACUCGGAUGAGGUUACUGCGAGAUUUACGCAUGGACACCCGCGCCAGAGGGAUGUGGGCACGUCUCCUCAACGACCAGCCCGCAGCGAGGAGGCACAAGUCGGGAAACAAGAAGGCGGGCUCCACGUCACGGAGUGGCUGUUUCGGACACAAGAUGGACAGGAUAGGGACCAUCAGCGGGAUGGGCUGCUAGGGCUCGGAGCUGCGCAGAGGCGGUCUUUGGACGAUGGGUUUGGACAACAUAGGCUGAGUGUGUUGCCACCUGAGCGAAAAAUGACCAACUGAUAUGACUUUCGGUACGAUCGAGCCCACAGCCAGCGUUGGGCAAAGACUGAGAAGACAAUGCUGCAGAAGCCUCAUCACUUUAUAUAAAUAAAUAUGAAUAUAUACAUAGUAAAUAUGCAGGUAUAUAUUCAUCAAUGUAUGCCAGACAAAUGGUCUACAAAUACAGAGAUGCAUACUAUGACGUUGUGGACAAUGGUGUAAAAACUAAAAACCGCAAGAGCUGUACAUUGUUGCUGCUGCUGCUGUACAUUCAAGUACUUCAUUCACUCCUGCGUUAAUGUAUUUAUGUUUAAAAUAUUUAUAUGUUUAUAAAAGAGAUAUUUAUAAAUCUGAGUGUUAUUUAUGUAACAUUUUUGAAAAUGGAUGCAAAC